AUGUGGGGUUCAUCGGGCGUGAGGAAACGACACCGUUCCUCUAGCCGUCCGUCGCCGUCCAUGUCAGCGUAGAACCUCCCAGAGCUGCCUUGCUCUUCAUCUGAUUUGCUGACGCGUGGAUCGAUUGAGCGCGUCCGCGUCUCAGCUAGGGCGAGCUCCAUUGUGAAGCCUAACGACUCUCCGUAUUACAUUGGGUUAGCUAGGGUCCUGGAGGACCAAUACGGCGAAACGAAUAAACCGAAUGGAAUUAUUCAGCUGGGAUAGUCCGAAAAUAGGAUUCAUUUGUCUUUGGAUUUUAUUGAGGAAUGGGUUUCCAAUAAUUUAAGUGGUUCAAUGCUCGGAGAAGGAGACGAUGAUCUGAAUAUUCGUGUAAUUGCAACCUACCAAUCCUCGGAUGGAUUGAUGGAGCUGAAAGUGGCCAUGACAGGUUUUAUGACAGAAGUUAUGGGAAGAAUGGUGUCAUCUAUCCCAUCAUUGACAUCUGGUGCAACUUCUGUACUUGAGACACUCAGUUUUUGCUCAGCCGACCAAGGGAAUGCAUUCCUUGUUCCCACACCCUAUUAUCCUGGUUUUGAUAGGGACAUGAGAUGGUGGACUGGUAUGAAGCUAAUUCUUGUUCACCGUUGUAGCUGUGAUGACUUCACCUUUAGUAUAAAGGCUCUUGAUCAAGCCUUUCAAUGAAGAAAGCGAGGUCAAAAGGUCCGUGGAGUACUCAUUUCAAAAUUUUCUAAUCCAGUUGGAAACCUGUUGUCGAGAGAUGUGCUCUAUGAUCUCCUAGACUUCGAUAGAGGGAACAUAAUGAAAUAUUUUUCAAUGUAUGGCAACGAAGAGUUUGUAAGCAUGACGGUGGUUCUCAAUUCUUAAGAUUCUGACAGGGAUAGGGUUCACAUAUAUGGGCUGUCCAAAGAUUUCUUUCUUCCUGGAUUCAGAGUUGGAGAAUGGAAUGAACUGGAGUUUGACUCCAAUUAAUUGCAUGGAACAAUAAUCCAGAGUGCCAACUUUUCUACAUCAGUUUUAGUUGCAGCUGCCUCUUCCACUUCCAAUGUAAUCUACUGAUGCCGUUGCCAGGUCCAAAGAUGCAGCAACCCAAGGCGUUCCCUUUCACAAGUUCCUGUCGAAUUGGUCUUCUUACAAGACUGCCGUUGCUUUCACGUAGCAAAUCUGUAUUUUGUACAUCUGCUGUGUGAGAGGUGUCCUUCUCUGAGCAGCCAACGUUGUCAACUAAACUCGUUCGAGGUGCUAGUAAAGGAAAGAGCCACUCCAAGAAAGAAGCCCCAGCCAGGCUUGUGGUUCCUGUUGCAUAGCUGCUUGUACUAGUGUCUGUUUCUGGUGAACAGGGAGUUUGGAUUUGCCCACCGUUGAUUGUUGUCUGUGUAAAUGAAGUUUCCUG